AUGCCUGAAACAAGAAUCAGGUAAAUUUAAUUUCCAUUAAGUUUUGCCUCCAAUCUGAAACAUUAUACAAAUUUAAUUAUAGAAUAGGCUCAACUAUUUUAUGAUAAAUACCAUCAAGAGGAUGUGCUUUGCGCAAUUAUAUAGUUUCAAAAUAAUAAAGAGCAUAUUUAAAAACUGUGUAUUAAUUAAGCUUUAAAUUAAUAUUAUUACGAUCUCAUUUAGCGUUCUUUUGAGAAUAUAAUGAAAUAGUUAGUUGCAUACCUAAAAGUAUUCGGAUAUAUAUUUCACUCAUUACUAUAAAUAUGUAACGAUUUUCUUAGAGUACUAUUUUAUUUUCAACAAAUAAAUGAGUCAAGAUUUAUGUAAGAAAAAGUUUCAUAAUAACUUAAAGAAUAUAUUUCAGAAAUUGAAGAGUAGAUAACUGUUGAAUCAAAAUAAAAUUAGCUUUCUGGGACUGAUUUUGAAUUCUAAAUGAUAAAAAUAGGUAUUGAACAUUUACGAACUAAAUCAGAAACUGGUAAAAAUUUAAUGAAAUCUGUGUUAUUUGGAAUAGUCUCUUCAUUUUCCUAAUUAAAGCCUAGUGAAGAAUUUAUGGAUUCUCUAAAGGAAGCUGGGAAAAUUCUAUUGCUUAAUUUUUAUAACAAAUAAAUCAAAAUCCUUUGGAUAUAUAUGAGCUUUAUUGUUUUUUUGAAAAUUUGA